AUGUCGCUCCCUAACUUCCCUGGCGCGGGUCAUGGAUCUCCAAGCCGACAUGAGCCCAUCAUACCCUCUCAUCGGCCGAUCUUCGAGCUCCCCGGUGGCGGGACGGGUGACUCGCUGCCUAUUUGGCUCCUCGCGUGUUGUGGGGUCUUUACUAUCAUUGCUACCGGGGUAUCUAUCAUGUCUAUCACACUGCAACUCAAGAACUACCGGAAACCUGCGCUCCAGAGGGCUGUCGUACGGAUAAUGAUCAUGAUUCCAAUCUACGCUCUAUCAUCCUUUAUUGCCCUCUACUCGCUAGAAGCUGCCUUCUUCAUCGAUACCGUCCGAGAUCUCUAUGAGGCAUUUGUGAUCUACACCUUCUUCCAGCUGCUGGUGACCUAUCUGGGCGGCGAGCGCUCCCUCCUCAUCGUCCUACAUGGGAGACCGCCUAUUCCUCAUCCGUUCCCAUUCGGGAUCUUCCUUAGUCCGAUGGAUGUCAGUGAUCCCUGGACAUUGCUCAACCUCAAGCGGGGGAUAUUGCAAUAUGUCCAGGUCAAGCCGGUCUUGGUACUAGCCACGGUCAUCCUCAAGGCUACCGGCAAAUACCAGGAAGGCAAGUUCGCUUGGGACUCGGGCUAUACGUACAUUAGUGUGGUGUACAACACGAGUAUCUGUCUGAGUCUCUACUGCCUGGCCAUGUUCUGGAUCUGCGUCUCGACCGAUCUCAAGCCAUUCCGGCCAGUCCCCAAGUUCCUCUGCGUCAAGGGCAUCCUGUUCUUCUCGUUUUGGCAGAGUAUCGCUGUCUCGUUCUUGGUCGCAGUCAAAGCUAUAAAGCAGAUCGGACCCUAUACCGAUGCAGAACACAUGUCCCUUGCAUUGGUGGACUCGUUGGUCUGCUUUGAGAUGCCUCUGUUCGCAAUCGCACAUCAAUUCGCUUUCCGUGCCAGUGACUACAUCGAUGAUAGCCUGGUAUACUGCGCACGUCUCCCCUACAUCUACGCUCUGCGGGACGCCUUCGGCCUCAAGGACGUCUGGGAGGACACCAAAGACACCAUUCGCGGCUCUGGAAUCUCGUACCAAGCAUACGAGCCCGCCGAGGGUGGUCUGCACUACGGUGCCGGACGGCAGAAACGUAUCCGCGCCGGGUUGCGCUACUCGCGCGGCGGACAAUCAAAGUAUUGGCUCCCCAUUCCGGGAGACGAAGGGCGAAACCGAGGCGAGACCGGUCCCCUCUCCGCUCUCAAGCGGCGGGUGGACAAUAGACUUCAGACUCGAGAAGGGUACGCCCCACUCCUUCCCAAACAGGCGCACAAGGUCGUACACGACGACCCAAACGUCAAGUUCAAGGAAUCUCGAUGGGGCGGGUUGUUCGAUUCGGACGACAGCGAAGAGUCGGACGCGCCGUCUCUCGACUUUGACAGUAUGGGCGAGGAUGAGGAGGGCUUGUAUCAGCGCGCGAGGAGGAUAGGAUAUGCGGGAUUUCCGAAUGUCGAUGUGAGCAAUGAGGCGAAGAAGAGACGGAAGAGGGAGGAGGAGGAUGGGAUAUUGGCGGGUAAGUGGGCGAGGGGGGCUGGAGGUGGGCAGAGUCGACCUGGAGGUAGGGAAGCGGGCGAGGAGCGGAAGAAGGGGAAGGGGAAGGGGAAAGGGAAGGGCAAAGGAAAAGACGCUCGGAGGGUGUAUGGGGAUUGGGCGGAUAGACAGUCGAGUGUCGAGCCUGAUUUGUACUCGCCUGAAGAAGCUAAGGAUCGGGCGAAGCACGAUGGUCCCGUCGGCUUGUUUGACGGCGAUAACGAACGACCCGGGACAUGGCGGGCGAACGGAAAGGACGAAGCAUCCCAGAUGCGCUGGGCCAAGAAGAAACCCAACGGCCUCGCGCCACCCAAGAAUGGCUCUCGAAAUCCCUCUCCAGGCACAUCCAAGCCCAAUUCCAUCAAACCUCCCCUCUCUCGCGGAACAUCCAAUAAAUCCUCAUCCUCCCGCUCCCCCUUCUCUCUCGGCGAUGACGACGACGACCCACCUUCAGAUCCCGACCCCGACUCACCCGUCUCCCCCGCCAAGCGCCCUCUUCCCUCAGACGCAGUCGACCUCGUCGUGGAAGAUACUACCGCAGCGGACACUGCUCGCCAGCAUGAACGGCGGAAAGGCGAGCCCCAGACACAUGCGCCUUCGCACGUCUAUAUCGCGCAGCGGUCGGGGGUGGACAUUAAGGUGGACCAUGUGCAGAAUGUGUAUGAUGAUGACAAUGGGGAGGAAGGGGCGGCGGAUGAGAUGGGUCAGAUCAAGGCUGGGGAGGGGCCAGGUGGGGAUCCGGUGGAUAUGGUGGAGAGUAUAGAUAAGGUCGUGGAGGAGGAGACGGGGCCGGUGACUGCGAGUCCGGAGAGACGGUGGGGCGAGGACGGGGGGAAGAGUACAGAGUAUCAGGAGGAUAAUCCAUGGGCAUGA